AGGCAUCAAUAACCUUGAAAAUUUUAUAUCCAAAAAUUUUGGGCUGUUGUAAGCUGUAAUAAAUCUGUUUCCUUUUAAUGUAUGAAUUCUGUCAGAGAUAGACUAUAGUGUUCAUGUUUAAUGUACUGUAAUUAUUAGUUUAUUUGAUUAAUUAUCUUUUCUUUAUCUGUACAUGAGUUGAGGAUGUAGUCACUCCCAAAUUCGAUUUUAGUUAAUAGAUAAAUAUAAGUUUGUCUUUUAAAAAUCAAUUGCCUCAUUUCGUUAAAUAAAAUAAAAAUAGCGUAUAGUAAAUAAUAACGAGUUUGUUAUGUGCAUUGAAUUAUUGUAAUUAAGUUAACCUCCAAGUUAACUUAUAGGUAUAGAAGUAAUUUCUACAGUAGAAAUGUAAUUGAAAUAUUUACAAUGUCAAAAAAUAAAUUAAACCUAACACUACCUCCUGGUUCAAUAGACCAAACACCGGCGGUAACACCAACAUCAUCAUUUCAAGAAACUCCAGUUGCAAGUAACCUUGUGAGGGGAAAUAGCAUUGAAAAUCUAACUGCACGUCUAGAAGAACUUGAUUCAACCCUUGAAAUGGAUGACACCCAGCGUAAAAGAAUAGAAGUGUUCCUUUGUCAAAAAGAAAAAAUUGGAGGAGAGUUUUCUGAUGAUGACUUUGAAAAAUUGGGAGAACUUGGUUCUGGCAAUGGAGGAGUAGUUACCAAAGUUCGUCAUAAGGGCAGUGGAUUAAUAAUGGCAAGAAAACUUAUUCAUCUCGAAGUAAAACCUGCAAUAAAAAAACAAAUUAUUAGAGAGUUACGAGUACUGCACAAAUGCAAUUUUGCACAUAUUGUUGGAUUUUAUGGAGCAUUUUAUAGUGAUGGUGAAAUUAGUAUUUGUAUGGAGUAUAUGGAUGCAGGAUCUCUGGAUCUAAUUUUGAAAAGAGCUGGCCGUAUUCCGGAAAAUAUUUUAGGUAAAAUCACAUUUGCGGUUCUCAAAGGGCUUAGUUACUUAAGAGACAAACAUGCAAUAAUGCACAGAGACGUGAAACCAAGUAAUAUACUCAUAAAUAGUUCAGGGGAAAUCAAGAUAUGUGAUUUUGGAGUAUCUGGUCAACUUAUUGAUUCAAUGGCCAAUUCUUUUGUUGGAACAAGGAGUUACAUGUCUCCAGAACGGUUACAAGGAACCCACUAUUCAGUACAAAGUGACAUUUGGUCUUUGGGACUCUCACUGGUUGAAAUGGCAAUUGGAAUGUAUCCAAUUCCUCCUCCAGACGCAAAAACACUUGCAUCCAUAUUUGGACCUCACAAUGAUACUGAUUCGCCAGAUCACACUAAAGGACCUAGACCUAUGGCUAUAUUUGAACUGUUAGAUUACAUUGUAAAUGAACCUCCACCUAAAUUACCAUCUGGAAUUUUUACAGACGAUUUUAAGGAUUUUGUAGACAGAUGUUUAAGGAAGAAUCCGGAUGAAAGAGCAGACCUCAAAACCCUAAUGAAUCACGCUUGGAUCAGGAAAACUGAAUCAGAGGAUGUAGAUAUCGCAGGAUGGGUCUGCAAAACAAUGGAAAUUCACCCACCAAAUAAAUAGCUACAACUACCUUUCUUACAUUAAAAAACUCUAAUUAAUGAUUUAGUUAAAUGUUGUUAAGUAUAUGAAGUAAAUAGAUGGUAAUAAUUAAUAUCAUAACAUAUUCCAGUGAUAUAUGGACUAGUACCUAAUAUCUAAAGUUGUAUAUUUAUUUUUUAAAUUUCCCUUAGGUUACAUGAAAUGAAAUAUAAAUUGAAUAUUG